AUGGCUGCUUCGGCAGAGACCAGUAUUUCACGUUUCUUAUCUUACUUUGCGCACGCUCGUGGGAAGAGGAACACGGUGUUCGCACUGGAGCUCGCAAGACGGUAUACUAAUGAAGGAAUCGUUUCUAUCUCUUUAAACCCGGGCAACAUACGAUCGGAUCUAACUCGCUACAUCCCUCGCGUCGGCCAAUCAUACUGUGUCCAACAUGGUGCUCUCACUCAGCUGUACGCAGGGACGACGGCUGAAGGCGCAGAGCUCAAUGGCAAGUACCUGAUUCCCUGGGCUAGAGUUGGCACGCCGCUAGCGGGCACGCAGGACCCAGAGCUUGGAAGGGCGCUAUGGAGUUGGCUCGAAGAGCAGCUCGUGACGUGUGACCCAUGUGACAGCCUUGCAGAAAUGUUCGGGUUCGAUUCGUCAACGUUUCAUGACUGCUUCGGCCUCGGGCACGUCGAUGAGGCUCACCGAUAG